AUGCUCGCGCAACAUCAAUCUGGAAACACGCUACCCGUGGGUCGGAUCUGGCGAGAGAUUCGCUUCCCACGGCUCGGUUCCGGCGAGGCCCCCACACACGUAGUUAACGAAGCUCAGCAGACUGCCGCCCGAGAGGCUCAACGCCUCGCCGCUGAGGAGACGCUGAGGCUUAUCCAGACUGGAAUGACCGCGGAAAGGUUUGAUAAUAUGACCAUCACCGCUGAAGCCACAGAAGCUGUUACUGAGGCUGUUACCACCGACGACACUGGGCAUGUCGUUGCUGAUGAAGCUGUUGCUGUCAUUGCCGCUGUCGAUGACAUCUCCGAGACUUACACGGCUAGCCGGGUCGAGGAGAUUAUCAACGAUGCAGUAGCUGACGCUACAGCGGCUAUCGAUGAUGUGGACGAUGCGACCAUCGAACCGAACAGCCCGCAGACCUGUUGCCUUUACAAGCACAGAUCACGCCUACAACUAUUGGAAGAGACCCAAAUAGUCAUAGCCGACCAAUAUGAAUCAGAUGAUGAAAUUUGCGCCACCGUCGGCGAAGUCAAAGCUCGAGGCAGCCACAACAACAAACGACCUCAAUCUGGCAGCCAACGAUCCAACACUGCAGAGCAAUCCAUUUCAAACUAUCAUGCCGUCGCCGGCGCAACACCUUCAGGCUUCUACAAUAGAACAAGUCUUUUAAGCGAUACGAGAAAUCCUAUUGCCUUUGCCGAGCUGGAAGUUGAAGACUUGGAGAUUCUCGAUGCCGAGAAUUAUGGCCAUACCCCUUCGUUACCGGCGUCGACAUAUGACGAGAUUCUCCGCAACUAUUGGCUGCCGAUACUCCAAGUCGUCUUUCAUAUGAUUGAGCUCGACCGAUUGAGCGUGCGCUCGGUGUGGCUUACCCGAGUUAUGGUACUGGAUGUGAUCGGAACAGUCUAUAGUGGGGAUAAGCGUCUACUGGAUCUCGGGCUUACUAUUGUAGGCGCAGUCGUGACGCAAUGUCGACAGAAUGGCUAUCUAAAACACACCUCGCCUGAGCUCAACAUUCACGAUAUCAAGAGUCGAGGUGACCUGGAACGCGUGUGGGAGCUCUGGUGUCGUGAAGAGUCGUGUCGGAGACUGGUAUACGGAAUCUGGAUUCUUCAGUGCCAGUUAGCUCUGAACUUUGACGUUGGGUCAAAUAUGCGGAUGAACGAGCUUCUAAAGCCUUUACCCUGCGAUGAGGAGCUCUGGGAGGCGUCUAAUGCGGAAAUAUGGCUGUCUCGGUUCCAAAACCACGCUAUGGCCUACGAUCCCCCAGCCUCUGCAGUGCCCUAG